AUGUCGAGCAGCAACGUUAGUCCUGGAGAACUAGUUGCGGGAUUCCGCAAAUAUGGUCCGGCCUUGUCAGGACUUUACAACUGUGUGGCCCGGAUCAUGAUUCUCACAGCACAAGGGUAUGAGAAGACACCUAUGGUCCCGAGGGAAUUGCGUUACGUCUGCGAAGCAAUGCAAAGAAAACGGGCAUCUUUGAUCGCUGAGGGUUCCGUGAGCUCCAACAGCUAUCUUCCAUCUUAUACCCAUAGCCAGACAAACUGGGUGCAAUCUAUUUGGGAACUUUUGUGCUCGGAUAUGAUUCCGGAAUAUGUUAUCAUCGAUGCUCAUUUGCUCUUUUGGGUUCUUUUCAAUCGCAUUGAACCCCUGAGUCGACCAGAUAUGUCGAUGCUUGAGCAUGAGCUUCUACAGUGGACAAGAUAUGCCGAGAAGUGGAACCAUCAAAGUGUUCUUGCCCUCCUCGCAAGACUUUGGCCAGAGUCAACGGCCGUUAUGAGUUCGCCACCUUCCAACCAGAUAGGUCGGGAGAGUCUUCAGCAAGGUCUCUUCUUAGACCUAUUCAAGAUGCUCAUGAAAAGGAAUCUGAAUUUCUUGGAAGCCUAUGCGGUUUCUGACAAUAGACGGUCCUCGAGCUACCAACAAAUCUCGCGGCCGACAAGUUCUGCCAGCCUCGAAGCACAAAUGUGGGGAUCAUCGAUGGGAGCUACUUCAAGCGACUUUGCAGGCUAUGAUACAGCAAUGCUCUCAUCUGAUAUGGAUCGGCUUAUGAAUUCGCAAUAUGGGGAUUCCGCAUCCGCCGGACUAGACUUCACAGUCUCUCCACCUCCACAAGAUUCUUAUUUCCCAGAACACUACUUCCCAUCUGAGAGUCUCCAGCGGGGAACUCUCUCAUCGGUUUCCCCACCGAUCUAUGGUCAACUUACCCCAACCUUCUUUGACGCGCAGUCGGGUGCCUACGAUGACAUCUACGCCCACACUUCAAGCCCACUCCACCUCGCCCCAGUUACCGGCGAUGAACGGCCACAAUCAGCACUUCUACGACGACGAAGUGACCGCUCGCCCGGCCGUCGACCUCGGAGACUUAGUCGGUCGGACGAAGAGGAGGGUCACGUUCAUGGUUGGAAUGCAGAGAGUAAGGCUUGUGUCAUCGAGCUUCCGGGAGGAGGUAUUUGCAACACGAGAGUACAAACCUACAAUAAUUUCCUACGACAUUGCAGAUUCCAGCACGAAGGGAAAGAGCCAAGAGAGGAGUGCACCCUUUGCGGCCAGAGUUUCGGAAGACCAGACGCGUUGCGUAAUCAUAAGGAAAAGAGCAAGAAACAUAAGAAACUUGAACGACUUCACGCUAGCGCCAGUCGUUAG